AGGUGCAGGCCCAGGCCCGCGGUGGGGACCGCUCCUCAGGGGCCCGAGGACCUCCCACCCGGCCCUUCUCCGCCGCACGGACCGGGCGGCCCAGCCCAGGCCAGCGGGGGCGGGACCGUUCCCAUAGGGAUCCCGGGCGGCGGGGCGGCGGGGCCGGCUGGUGGGAGCGGGCCCGGCCGGCGGCCGCAGCGCGUCCCGCCCGCCCAGAGCAGCGUGAGCCCAGCGACACUGUCAGACUAUGUGAAGAGCCCCUCCGCGGAGAUCUGUUCCUCCGUGAUGGAGAGGUAUGAAAAAAUCGGGAAAAUUGGCGAAGGAUCCUACGGCGUUGUUUUCAAAUGCAGAAACAGGGACACGGGCCAGGUGGUGGCCAUCAAGAGGUUUCUGGAAUCAGAAGAUGACCCUGUCAUCAAGAAAAUCGCCCUCCGAGAAAUCCGCAUGCUCAAGCAACUCAAGCAUCCCAACCUCGUGAACCUGAUCGAAGUCUUCCGGAGGAAGCGGAGGCUGCACCUGGUGUUUGAGUACUGCGACCACACGGUCCUGCACGAGUUGGACAGAUACCAAAGAGGGGCCCCAGAGCAUCUCGUGAAGAGCAUCAUGUGGCAGACGUUGCAAGCGGUGAAUUUCUGCCACAAACACAAUUGCAUACACAGAGAUGUGAAGCCAGAAAAUAUCCUCAUCACAAAACAUUCAGUAAUUAAGCUGUGUGACUUCGGAUUUGCUCGACUUUUGACUGGACCAAGUGACCACUACACAGACUACGUGGCCACCAGGUGGUACCGCUCCCCGGAGCUGUUGGUGGGGGACAUGCAGUACGGCCCCCCGGUCGAUGUGUGGGCCAUUGGCUGUGUCUUCGCUGAGCUGCUGUCCGGGGAGCCUCUGUGGCCGGGAAAAUCCGAUGUGGACCAGCUCUAUCUGAUCAGGAAAACCUUGGGAGAUCUCAUCCCUAGGCACCAGCAAGUAUUUAGCACCAAUCAGUACUUCAGUGGGGUGAAAAUUCCAGACCCUGAAGAUAUGGAACCACUUGAAUUAAAGUUUCCAAACAUCUCUUAUCCUGCCCUGGGGCUCUUGAAGAGCUGUCUUCACAUGAAUCCUGCUGAGAGACUGACGUGUGAGCAGCUGCUGCAGCACCCAUAUUUUGACAGCAUCAGAGAAAUAAGGGAUUUGGCGAAAUAUCAUGACAAACCAACAAGGAAGACCCUCAGACAGAACCCAAAGCACCUGCUUGGGGUAAAAAUGGGGCACUGCAUCACAAAAGCAUCCAAGUUUCAGAACCUACCUCAGCUCACUAGCAGCAGCAUCCUCCCAGCUUUGGAGAAUAAGAAGUACUACUAUAAUACCAAGAAACUUAACUACCAUUUUCCAAACAUUUAAGGAGCUUGGAGGUUGAUGACAAAAAAGAACUAAUCAAUAACCCCAAGAAAAUAAAACAUGCAUUUGAUUGAAGACCAUCACAAUGUUGAGGAAACAUAAGUAACUAACUGGAGGAAGCCACUUGGCAAGAUGUGCAGGGAAAUUCCAGAAACAAUCUUCCAUGCUUGAUGGUGGUGUCCCGAACAAAAAGGAAAAAAUCAUUUUGAUUUCCACUUGUGUUUUUGUUGUAUCUAAGGAGCUGGACUUAUGGACAGAAAUAUAAAUAGUAUCUACUGCCCAUUCCUCUGGCAAAAUUAGUCAUGUAAAAAAAGAUUUAUGCUUCAAUUGUACAAUAUGCAACAAGUGAAAAAUGGGUUACAAAAUACCCAGAUGUAUUUCCUUGGAUCCUAUAUCUCCUGCUUUUUCAGAUUGUUUCAACAUCGUAUUUAAAAAGUUUUUGUUCUUGAAAUCAAAAUACUUAAAGUCCCAUUUACUGCUUGCUCUAUCUCUUGCUUUUUAAAAUUUAAACCAUUUUUUUUGAAUAUUUGAGUUCAAAAUAUGUUAAAUCAUGGAUUAUCACAAAGGACUAAUAUAUGCUUAUGUAUUUAGUGAUAUGUUUAUAGAUAUUUUUCCCACGUACUUUUGUCUUUACCUUUAGUAAAGGAUGCAUCUUCGUCACUUUUUUUAGGCAAGAUGGAUUUACUAUAUCCAUCUAUAUUUGUUCACUCAAUUCCUCUUGCAAACAAUGACGUGGAGAUUGGCAGCUGACCAAAGUGAUUAAGGAGUAGAAUGAAACCUAUAGUCUUCACAGGAACUAUGCCUGCCAACCUAAAAACAUUUAGAACAUUCUCUCCACCUCAGCCUCAGGCUUGCAAACAGAUCUGCAGGUAGGGCUAUAGGGGUCUGGGUUUUGGAAGAAAUUGCUUGUGAGCUUUUACUUGGGUCAUGGAAGACAUUAGGUUGUAAACCUAAUAUAUAUACACACAGAGUGGGGCAAAAGUAGGUUUACAGUUGUUUGUAUAGCAAACAAUAACAACAUAAGAAUAAACUCUGAGUUUCAUGUAUUCAUAACUGUAAACCUACUUUUGCUCUACUCUGUGUGUGUGUACAUUAUACUAACAACUAAUAAUAAAAAUGUAGUGUAAGUGCUGGUUGGUGUGCUCAGUGGUUAAAGCGUUGGCCUGAGCAUCGAAGGGUCUCAGGUUCCAUUUCCGGUAAAGGACACAUAUCCGGGUUACAGAUUGGAUCCCUGCCCUGACCUGGUGGGGUGUGUGAAGGAGGCAACUAAUUGAUGUGUCUCUCACACUUUCUCUCCCUUGCUCCCUUCCUUCCACUCUCUAAAAAUCAAUGGAAAAAAUAUCCUCAGGUGAGGAUUAAAAAAAUAAUGUAUUAUUGAGGAUUCCCAGCUUUGCACAGUGAUACUUAAAAUGAUGACAGCAUUAGCUCUGAUCUGGCCUACUGCUCCUAUUCAAACAGCUUUUUCAUCCUUGUCACCUGGAUACAACGGCAAUAUAAAAUUCUGUUUCUUAUAACUCAAAGCCAUUUUUGGUUGAUGUAAUGCUCCUAUACAUAGCAGUUCUCAGCCAUAGUUUUUGAAAGUUGUAUUUUACUGUAUCUUUGAAACAUUUCUUCUACACCCUAAGUUUACUGAUAUGUUAAUUUUCAUGAGAGUAUAUGACCUUUUUCACUUAUAGCUAAGUAAUCCACCAAAUUCUGGCAAUUGUUCAAUCAAUUUAAUGAUAUCCAGCCAAUUUAAUGAUAUCCAUAGUCUUCCUGAUGUAUGUAGCUUCUUCCUAGAGUUGAUACUAAGCUGAAUAAUCCCAGUAUUAUCUAAUUCUUGUUAUAUAACUUUGAUUCAAAGGACAAAGAAGGAUAUCCAAUUUCUGUGACUAGUUUACAUUUGGUGUUUUUCUUCUUUUCCUUAACCCAAAACAAUGCACUUGACGAGGCAGAUGACUAUAACUGCCUAAUUAAUCUAAUAGUUUUACAGAAAACCACUCAGAAUAGAAAAGUAGCUCCAGACUAAACUGUGGUGAAUCAGUUGCCUCAUCAUACGGUAACCAAACAAAUCUGAGACAGAAGUGCUUAUUUUUUAUGAGUUCUACUAAAUGUAUGCUAUGCUUAACCAUACCUGUAAUCUUUUCUUAACAUGGAAUCACCCACUGUUUCACGUGAAACUAUUCUAUAUCCUUGUCUUUUCUGUAAAUGUACUAAUUUCUGAUUCUUUUACAUGACAGUAGCAAUUAUAUUAGUAAAUAGUGUAUCAUUUAUGGUGUGUGCUAUUUAUAUGAGCUAGUUUCUGAACACAAUUAAAAUUCAUUUUUCUACCUGAA